AUGGCGAGUCUUUUACGUAAACUCUCCCACGUCUCAUCUACGGACGUGAAAAAAGUAACAUCAACAUUGGCACGAUCGAAAACAUAUGAAAGCAAUCUCGUUAAACUAGAGAAACGUCUACCAAGACAAGCAACCGUUCCUGCCUUUGGUCAUUCAACAGACUUUGAUUAUAAACGUGACACGAAACAACUAUGUAAAAUAAUGAAACAUUGUGCUACAGCGCAUACAUUGGAUUUAGAUUACAUUCUUCAUUUCCUUUCGUCUUAUACGUGUGAGCAACGUAUGAUACUUGUUCGUGAUCUCGAAUUUGAAUAUGAAUAUAAACUCGUCGAUAUGGUACUCGAACGACCGGAAUCUCCGAUACGUUCGUGUACGUUAGCGAUGUUAAUCGAACCAAUUGAAUUAUAUGCACGUGAUUUUCACGAUCUAUUAACAUGGAAACAAGUGAAUAAAAUCGAUUAUGAUAUAUCGGAAAAAUUACUUGAAAUCGUGUUAGCAUUGAACAAUGAAGAUUCGAAAAAAUUUAGAGAAAAUUACGAAAAUCUAUUUGUCAAUCCUGUUGAAAAAGAUAUUGAACUUGUACAAGGUGAAGGAAACAUUAUUUCACAAUUGUUGAUUAAUGUUCUCGAAGGUAAACGUUACGAAGAAAACGGACAUUCAGCCACAACUGCGAAGCUGAUUGCCAAGAGAUUGUACGAAGCUGGUGAAGACGGACCGGCAAUCGAUUAUGAUACAUUUAUCAAAAUAUUUACACGUGACACUUUUGCGCAGUUAUCCGCCAUAUUUGAUAUCUACGAGGAUAAAUAUGGGCGGCCAAUAGAAGAAGCAAUCGAACGGGAAUUUCAGGGACAAACACAAAUUAACUGUUUUAAAGAAAUGGUCGAAUUUAUUCGAUCACCAGGUUUGUACUAUGCCAAAGUGAUACGACGAGCGUUAGACAAAACACCUCUUGAUUAUGAAACUGUCAUACGAUCGAUCAUUGGGCAUCAAGAAAAAGAUCUAUCGGAAAUCUGUUUAGAAUACUCGAAAGAAUACGAUGAACCAUUGGAAGAAACACUUAAAACACGUAUUGAUAUUAUGGAAAUCAAACGCGUAUUGAUUUUGAUUGUAACAGAUGGACACGAUAUAGAAGCCGAUGAAUUGAGCCAGGUUCGAUUUGAUCAUUCAAAUAAUUCUAGUCCGACUGGCUCAGGGGCUAUACCAACGUCAACAGCAGCAGUAAAUACGCUUGGAAUGAGACGAAAUCGUUCACAAGAAGCAUUCGACAAAUUCGUCAAUGUAUUUAAAACCAUGCGACCGCACUGA